GUAGUAGUAUUAGUAGUAGUAGUAGUUGUAGUAUUAGUAGUAUUAGUAGUAGUAUUAGUAGUAGUAGUAUUUUCGCAGCACUUUUAGUUUAGCGGCGUGCCACCCAGAAAAUGCUGGCAGACCGACAGGUCAUUGUUCUCUGCUUUUCAAGUCGCUUUGGAUAAAAGCGUCUGCUAAAGAAAUAAAUGUAAAUGUUAAUGGCAUUUCUGGAGCACGUGCUCGCUACUGUACUUUCCCCUGAGUACAGUCGGACGAAUAGAGUCCAGUCCAGGUUUCUGUUUUAGCCGUGCGAGCUGGACUCCCUGACUCCGGUUCUGAUCCAGUCCUGUUUUUUUGUUGUUUUUUUCAAUCCCCGCCGUCUGCUCGGUCUCCGCGGAAGUUCCGUGUCUGUGUGUGUGUGUGCGUGCGUGUGGCUCUCGCGCUUUUGUUUUUAUAAUCGGAGCGCGCGAGAGAGUGAGCGAGCAUCUCCCCCAUUCCCACUCCCACCUCGAACCGGGUUCAUUAUUAUUAUUUUCUUCUGUCAUUCGGGGUGUGUAUGUGUGUGUGCGCGCGUGUGUGUGUGUGUGUGUGUGAGAGAGAGAGAGAGAGAGAGAGAGUGUGUGUGUGUGUGUGUGUGUGUGUGUGUGUGUGUGUGAGAGUGAGAGAGGGAGAGUGUGGGUGUGAAAAAGAGAGAGAGAGAGUGUGUGUGUGUGAGAGAGAGAGAGAUAGAGAUAUGUCGGUGGCAGGAGAGUGCGGCUUCUCCAGUGAGGAGGUGCUGAACGUGCGCUUCCCAUUGCACCGCGCGUGCAGGGACGGGGACAUGCUCGCGCUCCACUCGCUGCUCCACAGCGACACACACCGAGCCGAGCUGCUCACCGAGGACUCCUUCUACGGCUGGACACCCAUACACUGGGCCGCUCACUUCGGCAGGCUGGAGUGUGUGAUACAGCUGGUGCAGGUGGGUUGCGGCGUGAACUCCUUGACGUCGCGUUUCGCGCAGACUCCGGCUCACAUCGCGGCGUUCGGCGGACACCCGCAGUGCCUGAUGUGGCUCCUGCAGGCCGGCGCUGACCUCAACAGGCAGGACUAUGUCGGAGAAACCCCCCUUCACAAGGCGGCGCGUGCGGGUAGUGUCGAGUGCAUUAACGCUCUCCUGAUCCAGGGAGCGAAAGCUGACUUGAGGAAUGCUAGUGGACUGACCGGAGCCGACCUAGCCCACGCCCAGGGCUUCUCAGAGUGCGCUCAACUGCUGUCCAACGCCCAGAAUCAGCAGCAGCUCAGCCGUUUUAACGGCUUCUCCACCAAUAACUCUGUGGAGCGGACGCGCGGCUUCAGUAACGGCAUACCCAGCAGAAAGCGGUCGUUCGGCUGCAUCGAGUCCAGUCAGUUUAAAAAGGCCAGAACCAGCGAUCUGGAUCUUCAGAUGAGGCUGAUGAACGGGAUGAACGGCUCUGGCGGAGAGAACCUGAUGGACACGGCGCGCGCGGAGCUCGGACCGGCGCUGAGCAGCACUACAGGUGGGAACGGAUCCAUAACCGGGUCAUUUGCCCCCAUCGGCUUGGUGGAGCAGGAUGAGGGGCUGCGGAUGGAGGACUCCUCCACCUCGGCUCCUAAAGAGAUGGAGAUCUUCACCGUGGCUGCAAUGCAGAUACCCUGCCGCUGCACUAACUCCUACGCCUACCUGUAGUGGCCUUAGCUGUGCUUGUGGGGGCGUUUAUAGGGGUGCGUGUGUGUGUGUGUGUGCGUGUGUGUGUGUGUGCGUGUGUGUGUGCGCGUGUGUGUGUGUUAGAUGUAUCUUAUAAGAGGGAAAAAUGGUUUGUUUUCAUUUUCAUUUGAACGUGGGCCUCGUUGAUCACGCUAGAUACGAACGGAUUUAUUCAGAAAUCAUUCAAUAUACAAGAAACGUGACGUCCAAGAAAAUCCGAGGUUGGAAAAAAACGUACGAAUGUAGCGAGAAUGUGCGUAAAUAUUUACGCCUAGAGAUCACACGUCGUAUAUACGCAAAUUACGCAGGUUAUUCCUGUCAGUUACUCACCGAUUUAACGACGUUUUGAAAGAAAGCGAUUCCAAAACACCCCGUAAAUUAACACGACUAAGACAAGCGGUUCAGUUAGGACAAAAGUAAUGGCGCCCAAAGGCGCACAAGAAGCUUUAGGACACUAAUGAAUAACCCCAGGACAAAAGUAAUGGCGCCCUAUAAAUUGAGUAGCACUCUUUCACCCUUCAGUUGCCAUUUGGUCUUGUCUCCGUUUGUGGGCGUGGCUAAACCUAAAUGGCGUGGCCAUUUAUGGCUGAUAUGCACGUGAGUGUGAAGAGAUUAAUAAAUGAUUCUCAGUAGUAAAAACUAAUGUAACACCUGAACAUAGACUGGAUUACCAUUCCCAGCUUGUAUUUAGUUUCUGCACAAUAAUUUCCUUGAAUCGGGUCGUUUUUUGUUUGUUUGCUUGUUUGUGCUUUUCCCCCAUGCCCUCGAGUCUCAGCGACGUGUGGGGGAAUUCAUUUAGUUUACCUUUCAAAUGAUCUUAUCCCACAUGAUAUCUAUACUUAUCGUUAACUAAUGCAGCUUUUAUUCAUUUACCGUGAUGUUUAAUCAGAUCUCUUGAUCUUGAGUUCUCUUAUUAUCUGUAUUUUCUUUUCUUUUUACAAGUCUGUGUAUGACUGUAAGUUGGUAAUGUACUUUUUUAUAGCUUUGGUGGUCAUUUAAUUCAUAUAUGUAUGUAUAUACAAGGCUGAAAGCAGGUUGUUACACAAGUUCAUUUGCAAUAACAGACAAAAUGUACGUGAGCAUGAAGUUAAAAUGGUAGAUAAAAUGCUAACACGCGUCUCCAGUGCACGGCAGGUAGUUCUGAGGAAGAGGAAGCACUCGUUCUGUGUGUGUAUGUGUUUAAUAUCGAUGCACUCUGUUUCUUUUAUCAUUAAAUGUCUCAGCCUGA